CGUUCAAGAGCUUCAGUCGUUCUUGACUCUUCGAACGUGACGAUUAUCGACUUGUAACGGCUUCGCCGAACGCAAUAAGGAAUUAAAAAAGACAAUAAAAUUACAGUUCGUGUGUGUAGAAAAAAAAAUAGCGAAGGAGUUUAAAAAACAUGAGGUUGCUGAAGUGUUUCGUGCCGAUUGUGCUGGUGUUGCUCGUUGAAAAUUCUUCCGCGUCCGGAGGAUUACUUGGUCUGUUGAAUCAUGUGAAGAAGGAACAUCCGGCAGUGUUUGGCGGUGGAUCAGCCGUUGCCGAUGCCAAAGCUUCUUCCCAAGCUUUUGGAGGAAACUCGGCCAAUGCUGCCGCUUCCGCUGACGCUAAAGCGUAUUCGCAAGGAUCUGGAAUAGCCACGGCCAAUGCUGACGCGUCUGCCACAGCCGGUGCUUCAGGUUUGUUAGGUCACCUAACUCACAUUGGAGACCAGAUUGGAGGACACGUGAAACAGAUCCUUGGUAUUCCGCAACAAGGUUCAAGUGCUCAAGCGAACAGUAACACGUUCACUUCCGACAGAGAUCUGAAUUUGGGACCGAUAGGAAUUAAAAGCCAUCAGUCCUUCAGUACAGCAAAUGCAAAGGCAACUGGUAAUGGAUUAGCCUCUGCUGGUGCUACAGCGAAUUCUCAAGCUUCUGGAGGAGCCUCGGCCAAAGCUGAUGCCUCUGCCAUAGCUGGUGCCCAAGGUUACGCUGGUUCUCCAGGUCCAAAUUAUAAUUCUAACACCAACAACUAUGGUGGCGGGUACGAUAGCUACCCAUCAAACGCUCAACAGUACGGUAGUUAUGGUGGUUCUCAGUCGGGUGCAAACGCGGCUGCAAACGCGGCUGCAAAUGCUAACGCGUACGCCGGUGCAGCUAGCAAUGCGAAUACCAAUUCAAACGUGAAUCUAGAUAUCUAUCCAAGCGGAGGUGCGAAAACUAACACGAAUUCAAACGGUAACGGUUUACCAGCCGGUUAUUACCAUGGAAACGAGGGAGCCGAUGCAAACGCCAUAGCUGGAGCCAACAGUGUUUCUCUGGGACAACCUACUUUAACCGUGUCUCCAGCUGGAGGAUACGAUUAUGAGAUCGAAAAGUUUCCUCCUGCGUAUCAUCCUCAUCGUCGUCCUCACCAUCAGCCUCAACCUCACUAUCAGCCUCAUCCUCAGCAUCAGCCAUCGGUGAUCGUUCGUCCAUACCAACCACCUGCACGCAACGAUGAGACAGUGAUACCAAUAGUAAUCGUAGAUGGUCCUCCACAUGGCAGACCAAUGCCUCAUUAUGGCCCAAGACCAGUACCUCACUAUGGCCCAAGACCAGAACCUCACUAUGGUCCAAGACCACAGUACGGUCCGAAACCUAAGCCAGAACCAAUUGAGAUCAUCGUAAUAGAAGAGCCGGAAUCGCCGAGGCGAGGCCAAGGAUUUGGAAAUGGCAACGCCAAUGCAAACGCCAACGCCAUGGCUAUUGCCAAUGCUAACGCUGCUACCAAUGGAAACUACCCAGCUCCAUCAAGCUAUCAACAACCACACUACCAACAACCAUCAGGUACUCCAUCGGGAUCCAUUGGGGCUAACAAUCCCUUCCUGAGCAGUUCUGGGGCGAAUACCAAUGGAGGCGCGUAUCCAGGUCAAGGACAAGGUACAGGACACUACCAAACUGGUCCAUCCGCUCCCAUAGGCGCAAACAAUCCAUUCCUAAGUGGUUCUGGAAAUGGUAACGCUGGUGCAAAUGCUGGUGCAAAUGCUGGUGCAAUUGCAAAUGCUGGUGCAAUUGCAAAUGCUGGUGCAAUUGCAAACGCUGGUGCCACGGGUGGUUCUCAAGCACCAAUUGGUGCAAACAACCCCUUCCUCAGUGGUGCACUUCCAAGUGGAGGAGAUUAUGGAUCCAACGCAGGUUCUGGAGCUAACGCAGGUGCCAAUGCUGGCGCAACUGGAGGAAGCCAGUAUACCAUGAAGAACAUCCCUACCACGUAUCCUGGUGCAGGAAACUAUGGUGCACCUUCCUCAGGAGUGGCAGGUUCUGGAGCUAACGCAGGUGCCAAUGCUGGAAGCCAGAAUACCAUGAAGAACAUCCCUACCACAUAUCCUGGUGCAGGAAACUAUGGUGUACCUUCUUCAGGAAUGGCAGGUUCUGGAGCUAAUGCAGGUGCCAAUGCUGGAGCGAUUACAGGAAGCCAGAAUAUCAUCAAGGGCGUUCCUACCAUGUAUCCUAGUGGAGGAAACUAUGGUGCACCUUCUUUAGGAGCUGCAGGUUCAGGAGCUAACGCAGGUGCCAAUGCUGGAGCGAUUACAGGAAGCCAGAAUAUCAUCAAGGGCGUUCCUACCAUGUACCCUAGUGGAGGAAACUAUGGUGCACCUUCUUCAGGAGCUGCAGGUUCAGGAGCUGUCGCAAACGCUGGUGCGAACGCGGGUGCCAAUGCUGCGGGAUCAGGUGGAUACAACCAACCAAUUAAAACAGCUCCAUUAACGGUUCCAGCGUCUCCUGAAGGUUCUUACUACAAUGGAGCAAGUGGUGCUAAUGGACAAUCUGGCUCCAAUAGCGUAUUCGGAAACUCUGGUGCUAAUUCUGGUACUGGUGGCUAUGGAGCCCCAACGUACGGAACCUCUGGACCUGCUUAUGGUAGUGGAUCUUCUGGAGCAAACGCUGGUAGCAAGGCUGGUGCUCUAGCCAAUGCUGGAAGCAGUGGAUCUGGAUUUGGAGGAGCUGGAAGUACUGGAUUUUCUGGAACAGGAGGAUAUGGACAAGGUGGAGCUAAUGUUGGAGGCAGUGGAUCAGCAUUAGGAGGAGCUGGAAGUACUGGAUUUUCUGGAGCUGGAGGUUUUGGACAAGGUGGAGCUAAUGCUGGAGCUAACAGCAAAGUCAAUGCUGGAGGCAGUGGAUCAGGAUUUGGAGGAGCUGGAAGUACUGGAUUUUCUGGCACAGGAGGAUAUGGACAAGGUGGAGCUAAUGCUGGAGGCAGCGGAUCAGGAUUUGGAGGAGCUGGAAGUACUGGAUUUUCUGGAGCUGGAGGAUAUGGACAAGGUGGAGCUAAUGCUGGAGCUAACAGCAAAGUCAAUGCUGGAGGCAGUGGAUCAGCAUUAGGAGGAGCUGGAAGUACUGGAUUUUCUGGAGCAGGAGAAUAUGGACAAGGUGGAGCUAAUGUUGGAAGCAGUGGAUCAGCAUUAGGAGGUGCUGGAAGUACUGGAUUUUCUGGAGCAGGAGGAUACGGACAAGGUGGAGCUAAUGCUGGAGCAAACAGCAACGCCAAUGCUGGAAACAGUGGAUCUGGAGUAGGUGGAUACAGUGCUCCCAUCAAGGGUUUGCCCAGUUACGGAUCCACUGGACCAGGCUUCAACACCGGACUUUCUGGAGGUGCUGCUGGAGCGAGCGCGAAAGCUAACGCGGUAGCUAAUGCUGGAAGCACUGGAUCGGCUGGUAACUUGGGAGGAAACGCUGGUAGCGAUGGAAAUUCCUAUGGUGGUGUUGGAUCUUCUGGUUUUAACGGUGGAGCUGGAGCUUCUUCCGUAGCGAGCGCCAAAGCCGAUGCCACAGCAACAGCUGGAGGUUAUGGACAAGGCUCGUCAGGCGCAUCUUCCACCGCGAAUUCCAGCUCUUUCUCGAACGGAGGAUCUGCUUCGGCAACUAGUUCAGCUAAAUCAUCGGCCUUCGGAAGCGGAAAUGCCUCGGCCAACGCGAAAGCAGUAGCAUCGAGCAGCGCGAACGCCGGAUCAGGCGGUAGCUCAGCCUCCAGUAACGCAGAAGCUAAAAUCGACACGAGGAGUAUGCUCGUCUUCAGCCAAUAAUCGCUCAAACGUCGAAGUAUACGAGAUUCUUGACGAGAUUCUUCAACGAUCGACCGAACUGACGCCAUGGACGUGCCAUUAUUCUGUAAUAUUUACGAAUACUCCUUCGAACGUAGUUGUUAAGAUUUCUAAGGUAGAUUGUAGGGUACGUCACUGAUCAUGUACUCGAAGACACGAUCGACUAUUUUGAUGCCACAUAAUUAACGACAAGAUCGUAGAUACGGUCACAUUUAUGUAUAAUGGUGAUACGGUGUAAUCAAGAUUGAUGCAGUAAAUCAAUCGAUGUUAUGCAAUUUUUAUCUUUUUCAUUGCGAUAAUCUGUUCAAUCGAGUCGAUAAUUCAAAAUUGAUUCGUAACAUGUGAUACUGUUCUUGCCAGAAUUCAUUCUAAAUAUCCUUUCCUUCGAAUUCAAAAGUAUCUUCACAGUCUAUUCUUAUCGAAUAAUAUUCUAGCUAUUUAUCGAUAUUAGUAAUUAAAUGUUAAAUUAUCGAUAGCUCUCUGGGUUUGAUCAAGUGUUUGUACGAUUAGGUAACAAUUUAUUUAUUUGUCCAUAGUUUCUUCGAUCAUGACACUGCUGACUAAACGUAAGAUGUUACAUCGUUUUUCACCGAUUCUCCUCGAAGUUGUAUUAAAAUGCAUGUUUUAUUUACUAUGACGUAUUUGAGAUUGAGCAAAUAUUGUAAGGGUCAUAGUUGACUGCUACGAUAUCUUUCGUAUUGCAAAGCAUUUCGUUUAAAUGUAAACUUUCGAUGACUCUCAAUCACUUAAAUUCGAAAAUACCGAAAGACUAAUGAUUGAUUUUCCAAAUUGGAAAUGAAUUUUAAUAAAAGUUAUAUUGUACAAUACUGCCGUUUCAUAAAAAAUGAAUGGUUAAAAAUGCUUGUCCCGUUAAUUACUAAUGUACCAUGACAUCUUGUAAUUUGUACGUAAUUAUUGAUAAUCAUUUUUUGCAGAGAGCAUUUUGCAUCUUAGCGUAAUUUCCGUCUAUUAUCAUGCCUUAUCAUACCACGACGGAUAUCGUCUUCCACCUCUGCCUUGCUCUCUUAUGUAACAUAAAUAUAUAUUAUUGUAUUCUCUGUACGAAAUAAGAAUUUAAUAAACACCAUGAUUUUCUAUCGA